AUGACAUACUUUAGAGGUCUCAGAGCAAACAUCCGGGUAAUUCUCAACAUUGCCAAUAUCACGAGGGAGGACGUCGGCAAAAUCGGCUUGAAUGGCCGCUGCUCGUUGUUGGCGAUGAAGGGGAACAAUAGCAGUAGGGUAGAGAGUUGGGUCAUCAACGACAAAGGAGAAAAGACUGGCAAAUGGAGGUUUGGCAUGAACAGAACGACCUUCCACCAUAAGUUUGUCAAGCCGGACAGCACCCUCUACGGCGCCAGGAUCAAUAAGACCUGUGGUGAGAGGGGAGUCAGCCGAAAGACCGACGUUGACAAGGAUGAGGGGUACUGGUGA